CAAGGGCAAUCUUAGAAAAACUGAUCACGUCGAUUUCAUCAAUGCGUCUCGGCAUUAUUUAAGAAUGCUCGAGACAAUCAUACGUUUAUAUGCAGACUCGCUCCUGUAGCAGCUUUAGAAGAAACACUAUAUUAAUACGCCUCAGAUACAUUGGGGAUAGCAAUAGUUUUGUUUAAUGUUAUCCAACAUUUGAAUAUAUUCCCAUGGGUUGUUCCUGUGAGAAACUCCAAUUAAGGACUCCAUGUAUAAUAGGGAAUAAAGCGGAUACCAAGUUUGCUGGGACAUUAACGGAGGCGCAGAUUGCGAUUAUAAAACAAAAUUGGCAUGCGUUAGAAGUUCAUAUAGCCAAUGUAGGAGUUAUUACAUAUGUCAGUAUGUUUGAGAGUAAGCCGGAACUGAUAGAAGUCUUUGAGAAAUUUAAAGGACGAGAUAUCGGCGACCUUCAAAGUAACGGACUGCUCAGGCAGCAUGCCUUAAAGGUGAUGGCGACGAUUGACAAGUGCAUCUCCCGCAUUGACGAGCCCAAGAAUCUCGCGACGUUGCUAAUCGAGACUGGUGUCAUGCACAACACAUACAAAGUUCCCCCGGAGUUUAUACAGAUUAUCUUCCCACAUUUCCUGAACGCCAUCAAGCCGUACAUAGAAGACUACUGGUCAGAAGACAUUGCUAACUCCUGGACGACUUUGUUUAGGAUCAUGACGUACUACAUGGAGAUUGGGAUGAACAAGGGUGUACUAGACGUGACCUUAACCAGCAGUCAUGCUGAACGAGAAAGCUAGUCUCUUAUGACACAGGAACUACACAAAACUAGGGCGAAUACUAAACUUAAAUACGAGCCGUUCCACGAGACAUCACGUAGAAACAAAAAUUAUUUGUUGUGUUAUUGUACUUUUAUUAAUUAAUUAAAUUAUGGAUAAGACUACAUUGUUUGCAAUCUUGUUAAAGUUAUAGUACAGUUGCAUAGGACAACAUUCGUAUAUAGUGGCUUGACGAUUAUUUGUCGUCAUCAUCUUGUAGUUUAUACACGUUUUUUUGUGGAACGACGCAUAUCUUUUCAAAAGUAUUGCACGCAUUUGUGCAUAUUUUAUGACAUCGACAUAUAAUUAAUAUAUUUUCAAGUAUGUUAUUUCGUGUUCAUUACCCAGCAAAGUAUCUUUAAUCUACACUGACAAACAUAUUAUUUUCCUAAUAAAUAUGUGAACAAAUAAAGGUA